GGUAAAGUGCCCAGGGUGCGAUAGUCCUGAGGUGCCGUGAUGUGGCAGCGUAAACCUAACUGCCGAACUUUACGAGUGAUGAAGGCGGGAUAAAGCGGAACACGACACAGCUUCAUACCCCAAAGUCCUGAGAGCUAGAAAGCGCGAAGCAAAAUAUCGCUCGACCUCGCGGCGAAGAUUUCCAUCAUAAAUUCCCCGCCCGCACCACCGUACCUAAAUUACCUAUUGGUAUCCCACCCGCCUGCACAAUCAACAUGCAGUCACAGGGUAUCACUCGGUAGCUGAUAGUUGAAGUCGGAAUCGUAGGUAUCAUAAGAGCGGCGCCCCUGAACGACAAUGGACCGCUCCGGGGAAACAGAGGUUGGGGGAAGGAAACGAUGCGAAUUGGCAUUGCAGCAAGAAGGCGCGUAGGCGAGGUUUUUUUUUGGCGGAGUAAAAGCAGACUUACUCUAUGGUGCCGCACCGCUCUUAUAACGUGGAUUACCCCGCACGCGCAAUAUUGCGAACAGCCAGAGUUCGAUUUCCGCUAUAUUUGUGGCGCGCUAAUAAUUGGGUAGGGUCCGGUCGACGGGUUUUCCCUACCGUACGCCGGAACGGAAAAAAAGGGGUGGAUCGCACGCUUUGCAGAUGGGUGCAUGUGUAA